CCUGGUGGAGGAGACAGUGGGACCUGGGGGGGUUCGCACGGCCUCGGCUCCCAGGCGGGCGCGCCCGAGCGGCGACACCGAUGAUCCCCGAGGAGAGACAAGACAGCCCGGGCACCGGCGAGGAGAGCACCCGGCUGCAGGCGGCUGGCAGCGUCCGCAAGGGCUGUGACAUCCUGGCACAGACCCAGCGCGGCCGCCUGCAGAGCCGGAGGGCCUGUAUUCACCAGCAGAUCAGCAAGGAGCUACGGAUGCGGACGGGCGCUGAGAACCUCUACAGAGCCACCAGCAACACCCGAGUCAGGGAGACAGUGGCCCUGGAGCUGGGCUACGUCAACUCCAGCCUGCAGCUGCUGAAGGAGGAACUGGAGGAGCUUGACUGCAGCGUGGACACAGACGGGCCCAGCAGCGAAGGGAUCACUGUCCCCAUGAUUCCCCUGGGGCUGAAGGAGACCAAGGAGCUGGACUGGUCCACAGCGCUGAAGGAGCUGAUCUCUGGGCACUUUGGAGAGGAUGGCAGCUCCUACGAUUCCGAAAUCCGGGAGCUGACAGACCUUCGGCAAGCCAUGCGGACGCCCAGCCGGAGUGAGUCAGGCCUGGAGCUGCUCAUGGCCUACUACAACCAGCUCUGCCUGCUGGACGCUCGCUUCGUCACCCCAACCGGGAGCCUGGGGCUGCUCUUCCACUGGUACGACUCGCUCACAGGGGUCCCAGCCCAGCAGCGGGCCCUGGCCUUCGAGAAGGGCAGCGUGCUCUUCAACAUCGGGGCCCUGCACACCCAGAUCGGGGCCCGCCAGGACCGCUCCUGCCCCGAGGGCGCCGGCCUGGCAGUGGAGGCUUUCCAGAAGGCUGCGGGGGCCUUCAGCCUGCUGAGGGAGAAGUUCUCCCGCGCGCCGAGCCCCGACAUGAGCCCCGCCUCCCUCGCCAUGCUGGAGCAGCUCAUGAUUGCCCAGGCCCAGGAGAGCGUCUUCGAGGGCCUCUUGCUGUCGGCCCCCGGGGGCCCCCAUGACGGCUCGGCCCAGCUGCGCCUAGCUCAGGAGGCUGCCCAGGUGGCGGCCGAGUACGAGCUGGCGCACCGGGCCAUGGCACAGCCGCCAGUGCGAGACUACGUGCCCUUCGCCUGGACCACCCUGGUGAACGUCAAGGCGGAGCACUUCCGGGCCCUGGCCCACUACCACGUGGCCACCGCCCUCUGUGACGGCCCCCCAGCCGAGGCCGAGCUCCCGGUGCCGGAGCAGGUCCUCCUCGGGGCCCCGGCCGAGCCCUGGUGCCCAGCACUGCCGCAGGAGCCUGAAGAGCGCAGGAAGCUGGGCAAGGCCCACCUGAAGCGCGCCAUCCUGGGGCAGGAGGAGGCGCUGCGGCUGCAUGCCGUGUGCCGCGCCCUGCGCAGUGUGGACCUGCUGCAGGUCGUGCUGGGCCAGGCGCUGCGGCGCUCGCUGGCCAAGUACUCGGAGCUGGACCUUGAGGACGACUUCUUCGAGGCCAUCGAGGCCCCUGACGUCCAGCCUAAGACGUGCCAGAGGCCGGAGGUCAAGGUCCCCAACUUCUCCCAGGUGAAGGUGGCUGAUAUCUUCCACCGGCUGGGGCCCCCGUCCGUGUUCUCAGCCAAGAACCGCUGGCGGCUGACGGGUCCCGUCCACGUGACCCGAGGGGAGGGUGGCUUUGGCUUCACGCUUCGGGGCGACUCGCCAGUCCUCAUCGCUGCGGUCAUCCCUGGGGGCCACGCUGCGGCGGCCGGCCUGCAGGAGGGAGACUACAUCGUGUCCGUGGACGGGCAGCCCUGCAAGUGGUGGAAGCACGCGGAGGUGGUGGCCCGGCUGAGGGCUGCGGGCGGUGAGGGCGCCAGCCUGCAGGUGGCCACCCUGCUGCCCAGCGCGGAGCCGCCCGGCACGGGAGACCGCCGGCCGGCCCUGCGCGGGCUUCUGAGGAGCCAGAAGGCGUGUGGCCGGGAGACCCCAGGGCCUGCCAGAGCCAGCCCCAGGCCCCUCCUUGGCUGGGGCCGCAAGGCCAAGAGGGGCAAGACUGGAGGGAGGCUGUCCCCGGCCCCCCAGCCCUGAGCUGCACCGCCUUCCCCUCCGGGUGCCAGGGCGGCAGUGAGGGGCCGGCUCCCUCACAGCGGGGCCCAGCAUAGUCUCCGGCUGGUGGGGAGCGGGGACCCCUUGUGGCCUGCCCCGACCCGGAGGACCUUCCGGCCAGUUUGUUGCCCAGCCCAGUGCCCAAGCUGCCCAUUAAAGCCAGUGUCAGAUGAGGGGUGUCUGAGCCCAGUGCUGGGGACCGGGCACUGCACCCACGUGAGAAGCGCUGUGUCUCCCUGGACACGGGCCUGGAGGCUGCCUCCGGACAGCCCUGUCCAAGGAGGGCAGCCCCAGGUCAGGUGGGAGUCUAGCCACUUGUCUUUGAGCCUGAAGGCGCUGUCGCUGAGGGCUGGGCCAGGGCCGGGUGAUACGUCAGCAGUGGGUCCCUGAAGCCUGGAUCCUCGCUCCCCUUGCGGUGGGCUCCCAAGACCCCUCAGUUGG